AUGACCAACGCUGACUGGGAGUAUGGCGUGACGACGGGGCGCUGGAGCGUCAAUGUACUGGCUCCCAUCGACGCCGCGCGCGCCCAAACAAUUGGGGCACAACCUGGCAGGGGAGCGGGAGGGGCGCAGCGCCCCCCCGCGGACUUUGUGGCGGUGCCCCUCGCCCAGCUGCGGCUGGCCAUUAGCGCGGCCCCCACCCGCAGCGCCGGGGCGAAUGCGAUGCCCACGACUGCGGCCAUCGCCCGUCGCGCAGAAAUUGAAAAGCGCAAGGCCGCAGAACUACACAGCCGCAGAAACGCAUCAAGGAAAGCGACAAACCGCACGGACACGCGGGGGAAUGAGGCGGCCGCGGCCGCCCGUCAGGAGGGGCAGCAGCGACUGAUGCAGACGACCGCCGUCACCCCGCAAGCCGAGAUCGAUAGCGCAGCAGCAACUGUGGGACGCGUGCCUGCUCAGCAG